GGCUGAGAGCCUCCGACCUUGGUGUCAGUCUUCGAAAACCAAUAAUACCGAGGCGCUAUUGGCGAAAGCUUGUCAAUGUGGUUUCAUGAGUACCGCCUCUACACGCCGUCGCCUUGGCAACCAGUAGUAACUUCUACAGCUUUUAGGUGACAGGCGGGCAUGGAGCUUGAAACCAGCGCUAGUAGCGAACCUGCUCUAAUACCCGAGUCUGAGCAGCAAGAAGGAGAUGUAGUUAUUGGAGGAAGAGACCUGAGUGGAGGCAACGGGCCAGCUGAAGAGAAGGAAGAUGGAAACGAGUCAGAGACUGGAGUGGAUUAUGGAAGGAGUGCUGGCAUUAAAGAGGAAGCAGAGUUACCACACAGUGAAGAAGAAGGCACCUCGGAGAUGGCCGACUUGCUGGCAGAAGGUAGCAUGUUGGAGAUGCAUCGCGACGGAGCUGGUAGCAGAUCCUCAGUCCAUAGUAAGGAAGAUACCACUGAGAGGGAGGAAGAGGAGGUAACUGGGGUAGAGAUGGAGCAAGUGGUAGUGCCUGGUGAAGAAGUAAUUGACACAUCAGAGUUAGAAUCAGCAAAGCAGUGGAAUGAUACCACAGAGCCUUCUCUGGAACCAAAGGCCACUGCAGAAGAAGAGGAGUUAGAAGUAGAAGCAGAAGACCAAGAACGUACAAAUGAGGUGGAAGUCCUGGAGGAAGAAGAGGAAGAUACUGACGAUAAAGAAAGAAGAGAAGAACUGAUUCAGCAAUACCAAGCCCUAAUUCAAGAACGGGAUAAGGUCCAGCAGCACAAUGCGCAACUCCAGAACAAACUAUAUGAAUAUUUUAGACGCAAGAAAGGAGAAGACCUACGGCCAGAGACUGAAAAACGUACCUCAGACCAGGAGCAACGAUACCUCAAGUAUCUGACGUCUCUGGAGGACAUGAAGAAGAAGAACGUGGAGGAUGCAGCAAUGCAUCAGCAGCAAAUCGAAGAACUCAGCGCACAAUGUCUGGAGGUAGUAAGUCGGGUGGACAAGGAGUGGACCUCUUUUCAAGAGCAUAAGAAAAGUAUAGCUGUCCUUGCAUAUAAGAAAUCUGGAGCUGGAAAGCAUGUAUCAUCUGCCUUUAUUGAAACUCUGGCUCAGCUGCAGGGCAAAGAGGACCGCAAGGAAAAGGAGGUCACACAGGUUCACCUGGAAAAUAUCAAGCUGAAGAAUCAGAUCUAUCAGUUCCAAUCUGCACUGAGAUCCAAAGAAGAGCUGGCCGAGGGGCUGCACCUCAUUGACUUUGAGCAGCUGAAGAUUGAAAACCAGACCUACAACGAGAAGAUCGAAGAGAGGAACGAAGAGCUGCUCAAGCUCCGAAAGAAAAUCACAAGCACAGUUCAUACUCUGACUCACGUAAAAGAAAAACUACAGUUUAUGCAGGCAGAGAAUCAGGAAAAGAAAGACCAACUGAUGGAGGUAGAGGCCAUUUUGGCUAAUAAAAGGGACAUCCUGACAAAAACCAAACAGGCGAGAGACAGCCUAAGGAGAGACAAUUUAAAGCUUAAACAACAAAGUGGUCUGUUAGACAACAAGUUGCUAUUAAAGGACUUUGAAGACAAAGUAGAUGCAACAGAAGUGAUGUCUCAGAAGCUGGAAAGCCUAAAGCGCCGCCAUGCUGAGCUGUCUCUGUCCAGUAAAGGGUUAAUGAAGAAAAUAGAGGAAGGAAAUCUUACCCUGAAAAACUGAUGGCAGUCUCUGUAAUCUUCAAGUUGUUUUCCAGAAGAAACCACUCUCAAAUGGUAACCGACACUAACAUUAUGGGGAUUAUUUAUCAAAGAUCAAAUUUUAGAGUAAUGUGAAUUUUUUAAAACUCCAAUAAAUUCGAUUUUAUUCCCAA